CACGACUAUAGGCCGAUCUACAGGUCGGUCGACAAGGAGCUCGGAAUGCACAUCUACUACAUUGCGUCGAAGCGCAACUGGGUCAUCGGGCCCAGCCCGGACGUGGACCUGGCCGUGUCGUACGCCCACGCCGACGCGCUGUGCCCCCACGACGCCAACCACUGGAAGCUCCUGAACGGGGGCUACAUCUGGCAGGCCGCCUCGAGCAUCAGCCUGCAGCCCAGCGAGGGCGCAUGCCCGGUGAAGCUCGACGUGCAGGCCGCCACCAGCGCUCCCAUGCCGGAGGGGACCAACACCAGCCACUGGAUGGGCACGUAUACGCUGACCAACCUCGUGCCCCAAAGCAUGCACGGCGGCAAGCCCAUAUACGAGAAGGAAGCGACGCCAG